AUGGCCGCUACGCCGAAUCUGGAGGAUGUGCAGUCUGUGGAUCUCAUGACGGAGCUCCUUCGCCGUAUGAAAUGCGCCAACAAACCCGACAAGCGCCUCAUCCUCGUUGGCCCACCAGGAUCAGGUAAAGGAACUCAGUCACCAAUAAUUAAGGAUGAAUAUUGUUUGUGCCAUUUAGCCACUGGUGAUAUGCUUAGAGCUUCUGUUGCUGCAAAGACUCCCCUUGGUAUCAAAGCCAAAGAGGCCAUGGAAAAGGGAGAACUUGUUUCUGAUGAUUUGGUUGUUGGGAUAAUUGAUGAUGCCUUGAAAAAACCCUCUUGUCAGAAAGGUUUUAUUCUUGAUGGAUUUCCAAGGACAGUUGUCCAAGCAGAAAAGCUUGAUGAGAUGCUUGAAAAACGUGGGGUCAAGGUUGACAAAGUGCUUAACUUUGCAAUUGAUGAUGCUAUUUUGGAGGAGAGAAUUACUGGCCGAUGGAUCCAUCCAUCUAGUGGUCGAACAUAUCAUACAAAAUUUGCGCCUCCAAAAGUGCCCGGUGCUGAUGAUGUAACUGGGGAGCCUUUAAUUCAACGUAAGGAUGAUACGGCUGAUGUUCUGAAGUCGAGGCUUGAAGCUUUCCACAAGCAGACUGAACCAGUAAUCGGCUAUUACAGCAAGAAGGGCAUUGUCGCCAACCUACCUGCAGAAAAGCCUCCGCAAGAGGUGACAUCAGAGGUCAAGAAAGUACUUUCCUGA